UGUAAGAAUUAGUUCGGCCAACGUGCCGUGGUGAAAGGGUUUUGUGUAUUUCCGAAUAGCGUUGACUUGCUUGUUAGUGCAUUCGGCGGCGUUUGUUUACCUUGCUUUGAUAAACUAUUUUAACAGUUUAUUCGUUCUAUUCCGAUUUGCAAAUACUAAACAUUAGGCGACCAUUGCUUCACUAGGAACUUAGGAUUAUGGAAAACUCAAACUCAAAUAGUAUUGCUGAAAACAAAGAGAAUGAGUCUAAACACGAAAAUACCCACAACAAAAAUGACUCUACAGUCAAAAAAGAUAAAGAGUCUGCCUUGAGUCGAAGAGUUAGUUUCAUCAGAGAAUCGGUAAGCGAUAGUGGCGUGCCCCAGCGGAAACUGAGUGCAGCAAUAGAAGCAGUCAAGAGAAGUAGCUUGUGUUCGCAGGAAGCGGAAGCUGAUACUGCCAGUCAAGUGAGUGACAGCACGAGAGUGCCGCGUAAGUUCAUCUCUACCUGGAGACAAGCCUGUGAUCGCACCAAGGACAGGACAAAGGAGCUGCUGAAGCGAUGGAGGACUUUGCCAGAAGGCAAUGUCGAAAUGAUGGUUGCUGCAGCCACUGGCAACUCGUCAGACAGUCCAGCAUCAAGGGCAACUCCCACAGACAACCCCCAUAACUGGAGUGUUCAUGUCUGGGCCUCAUACAUCAAAAGAUACCCAAGCGAAGAUGAGAACUUAAUGCUGACGGGAGAUGAAACUGCAGCUGUGACCAACAACUUGUCCUCUACGCAGAAGGAGAAGCUUGGUCACUUCUUUUCUCAUUUACUUGACAAUGAUCAUGAUGAUUUGAUAUCCGAACAAGAUUUCGAGAACUUCUCUGAGAGAUUGAGAAGAUUUGCCGAUUGGUCAACAAACAGUCCUGAGUUCCAUGUCAUGGUUCAAGUACAGCACGGUUUUGUGACAACAUUCAUGAGCAGCACCUCUUCAGUCGGAGACGAAGAACCAACCAAGGUAGCCUUGUGGAAACAAUAUAUUGGACUAGAGGAAUGGUUUCAUUGUUGGAGCAAACUAUGUUCUACCACUCAUAGCCUGUCAGACUUCCCUGUCUGGUUGCAGUAUCUACCCAAACUGUUUUUCCAGGCUAUCAACAAAAGUGGAUCCGGAACCAUUUCUAGGGAUGAGUUGAGUUCUUUCUAUUCAUCAAUGUUGGGAUUUACAACACAGAGAGUUGGGGAGAUUCUGGAUGAAGCUUACAAAGCAUUAACAUCUAAUGGAGAUCACCCUGUGAGCUACGCUGUGUAUCGUCUGGCCUUCACCAACUUCCUGCUGGGUCGUCACCCGAACGGUCCAGGGCAGUACUUGUUUGGCUGUGUGGCCACCAGAGUGUGCUGCUUCCCGAUAGAUUACAGUGCUCUAAACUGCCAGCCUGAGGACCGGGAGCACUACACGCCAGAAAAGAGGAGCAAUCGAGUCUCUGUUAUUGUCUGAGCAGUAAGCAUGAAGUUUUGGAAAGUGAAACGGCCUGAGGGAAGAUAGGAAUCAACAAGUUUUGGUCGGAGAACACGUUCAUAAUUGUUUACACUAAUUUGUAAAAAAAUCAAUGUUCUGCACAAAACUAUCAAAAUAUAUAAAAUUAAAUGCUUAGACAAACUUUGAAUAUUUACUACCUACUAAAGGAAAUAAAUUUUUUUAAUGUAACAGCAAGUCUAAAAUUAUAAAAUUAAUUAAUUUUGACCUGGGUAUUAACAUUAUUAAACCCACUCAAUACAUUAUUGUUAAAUAGAUAAGGAAAAACUUAAUAUUAAUGAAACCUUUUUUAUUAUUAGUUUAAAUAUAAUGUCAAAAUAGUAAUAGUAUAUAAGUUGGGAAAAUUCCAACAGAACUUACUAAUUUUUAUGGUUCUACUUAUUACAUGACAAUUUGAACUAAUCAAUGACUUACAAUCUGACAUAAGUUACUUCAUAAAAAAAUAUGUUUUACUGUUUAUUGAAAUGGUAACCUCUGUGGAAUAAAUCAUUGAUUAAAGAAU